AUGCUGGACCCCAAAGACUGUGGAGUGACAAUGAUGUCUAGUCACAAAAUUUCCUUUUCUAUAAUCGACAUUUUGGAUCCAAACAAAUUCAACAGCAAAAGGGUAAACGAACUUUCUAUCGCCGAGGAGAAGUUUCGUGUGCCAAAUGCAGAGGGAACAAGUUUGGAGUCGGACACCACUGCAGGCGGAGACUUCAGAGGUGAGCGCAGGGAAGCAGAUGAACAUUCCACAGGCGCCGAACAUUACGCAGUUGUCGCUGACCCCCUCCUUCUCUCCCCUGCGGCUGAACCUGAGCGCUGUCUCCCGGGAGAGCAGGACGACCCGGUAGAGGAGUCCGCCGUCACUCUGCAGGACCCGUCACCUCACAAGCGGCGGCGGCCGGACCAGGCCUGUGCCAAGCCACGACGUGCCAGAACAGCGUUCACAUACGAGCAACUUGUGGCUCUGGAAAACAAGUUCCGCGCAACUCGGUACUUGUCCGUGUGCGAGAGACUGAACCUGGCCCUGUCCUUGAGUCUGACCGAAACCCAGGUGAAAAUUUGGUUCCAGAAUAGGAGAACCAAGUGGAAAAAGCAGAACCCCGGGGCGGACAGCACCUUGCAGCCCGGCUCCAAUUCCCUGGUUAGCGUCAGUCCCAGUCCGGCCACAUGUGGAUCGAACCCUGCCAGCUUUCACCAAACUUUCCCCAACUUCACCUCUGGGAAUGUGAUCUUCCACACAGCCAGUGCUGUUCCGCUUUCAUCCACUGGAGGGCUCCUGCAUCCCUUCAUAUCCAGUGGAUUCGUCCAGCCGACUUAUUUUAAUCCACACCUAUAA